AUGAGUGGCGGCUGCCAUUGGCUGUGCCCGGCGCCUGCGGAUUGGCUCCGCGGCCGCGGAGGGACCGAUAAGGGCGGCUAUAAAAGCCCCGCGCCGGCGGCCGGGCCCCCAGCGCGCGGGAGGCGGCGGGGCCGGCGGAGCGGGGCCGGCGGAGCGGGGCCAGCGCUUCCCAGCCCGGCACGCUCGUCCUGCGGCGGCCGCGCCGUUGGCGGAGCCGGAGCGCGGAGCGGGCGCGCGGGCCGCCGCAGCGCGGCAACUUGCCGGAGAAUGCUCCGCAAGUGCGGGCUGCUGCUGCUGCCGCUGCUGCUCGGCGCCGCCGCCGCCCUCGACGCCGAGCACAAUGACUCCGUGAGCCCCCGCAAAGCCCGCGGCGCCGCGCAGAGCUCCGCCGAGGUGGUGCGCUGCCUCAACGGCGCGCUGCAGGUGGGCUGCGGGGCCUUCGCCUGCCUGGAGAACUCCACCUGCGACACGGACGGCAUGUACGACAUCUGCAAGUCCUUCCUGUACAGCGCCGCCAAGUUCGACACGCAGGGCAAAGCUUUUGUGAAAGAAAGCUUGAAGUGCAUUGCAAACGGAGUUACGUCCAAGGUUUUCCUCGCCAUCCGGCGGUGCUCCAUGUUCCAAAGAAUGAUCUCGGAGGUGCAGGAGGAGUGUUACAGCAAGCUGGACAUGUGCGGCAUCGCAAAACGAAACCCCGAAGCAAUCACCGAGGUCGUCCAGCUUCCAAAUCAGUUCUCAAACAGAUACUACAACAAGCUGGUGAGGAGCUUGCUGGAGUGUGACGAAGAGACUGUGAGCACCAUCAAGGACAGCUUGAUGGAGAAGAUCGGGCCCAACAUGGCCAGCCUGUUCCAGCUGCUGCAGACGGAGCAGUGCGCGCAGGGCGCCGCGCGCGCGGACUUCGUGCGCCGGCGCCUCGGCGAGCCCCAGAAGCUCAAGCUCUACCUGAGGAAGCUGCGAGGUGAGGGCCCCGCGGCAGCGCCCGCCGAGCGCGCCGCCCCGCCGAGCGCGUAG